AUGUCUACACCACCUCAGAUUAAAAGGGUAUUGAAUGGGUUAUUGAAAGAUCCAGGUAAUUUGAAAUGUGCUGAUUGUAAGAGUCAAACACACCCUAGAUGGGCAUCAUGGUCGUUGGGGGUGUUUAUUUGUAUUAAAUGUGCAGGGAUCCAUAGAUCUAUGGGGACUCAUAUAUCUAAAGUUAAAUCAGUUGAUUUGGAUAUUUGGAAAGAAGAGAAUUUGAUCAGUUUGAUUCGGAUGAAGAAUAACGAUAUAGCGAAUGCUAUAUAUGAGUAUGGGCUUGGAGACAAUGGUAAGAAAGUUCUUAAUGAUUCCAAUGAGAUACAGAAUUUUAUCCGAAACAAGUAUGAGAAAAAAAGAUGGAUAUGUGAUGAUGCCAGGAUGGAGGAUAUUCUUCGGAUGGGUAAUGCGGAUUUGCCCCAAGAGAAAAAAGUGAUGAAGAAUGAAGUUGUCAGGGAGAGUAAGAAUGUGGUUAAUAAUACAAAUAAUAAUACUAGUGAUAAUAAUAAUAAUAAUAAUAGUAAUAAUUAUUAUAAUAAUAAAAGUGCAAACACAAACAGUCUCUUGGAUUUACAAACGAGUAAACCGAUGGGAGAAGGAAGUGUGAGCCAUGGGUACAGUAAUCGUAACAGUAGUUCCAGUACGAGUGUUUCUGUAGCUGGUGGUCGACCUGAUCUUAAAAAAUCGAUUCUUUCGUUAUACUCCAAACCGUCUACGCCGCCUGUUUUAAAUAUGAAUAUGAGUGGGUCUAGUAUAUCUAUAGCGUCUUCGAAUGUUAAUACGACUGCUAAUGCUAACAAUAACAGUACUUUAUCUAUUGACGAUGAUGAAUUGUUUAAAAACGUAUGGUCCUAA